AUGAACCGCGUAACUCAGGAGACGCUCCGCCAACGAGUCUUGGGGAAGAGUCUUUUAGACUCCAGCUACGCCAUCGAGAGCCCCUCCGCAAUUCUCGAUCUUGCCGUUCUCGAGCAAAAUUGUGAGCGCAUGCUUAGUGCUGUUGGUGCCCUUGGUUUAGAAUGGAGAGCCCAUGUUAAAACGCAUAAAACAACGGAGCUUACACGCCUCCAAGUCGGCAACGAUGCAGCUUCGCCAGUCAACCUGGUCGUUUCCACCAUAAUUGAAGCUGAAAAUCUCGUUCCUCUUUUAAAAGAGUACCAAGCCGCAGGCAGGGCCGUCAGUAUUCUAUAUGGGUUUCCUCUUCCACCAGCUGGAGUGGGCCGGCUCGCCACUAUCUCCCGAGAACUCGGAGCCGGGUCGCUCUCUGUCAUGAUCGAUCACCCAGAUCAACUCGAAUACGCCAGGGCACUCAAGGAAGCAGCGGGACAUCCACCCCUUGUCUUUGUGAAGGUAGACGGAGGCUACCAUAGAGCCGGCGUGAUACCACAAUCGCAAGAGUCACUAUACCUUUUGGACCUUCUAUCUCGCUCGGAUAGCCAAGGAAUCAUCGAGUUCUACGGCUUGUAUAUCCACGCAGGCCAUUCUUAUGACUCCCGAGAGAACUGGCAGGCCCUCAAGUACCUAUUGGAAGAGUUUUCAGUCUUGGGCCAGUUCGCGGAUUCUCUCCGCCCAAACUCUCCGUCCAAAACACUAACGCUCUCAGUGGGAGCAUCGCCAACCUCUACAAGCCUGCAGCAUCCCUGCCUUACCCAGUCGGCCCAAGUGCGCGAUUGCAGCCACCAAGACUCGGAAAUUUGCCGGGCUCUUCUCACGCAACUGCAAGAACUCAAGAGUAAAGGAUACCGCCUGGAGGCUCACGCAGGGGUAUACCCCACCUUGGAUCUCCAGCAGCUUGCCACGCAUGCCAGGUCACCAGAACUACUGAGCUCGAACGACAUUGGAAUCACGAUUCUCGCCGACGUGGUGUCCCUAUACCCCGGCCGGGGACCAAACGGCACGACAGAGGCGCUUAUCAACGUGGGCUGUCUCGGCCUCGGCCGAGAACCCUGCAAAGAUAUGGGCAGCGAAAAGGGGAUACACUACACUGGCUGGGGGCUUGUGAAGCCAUGGCUCGAGGCAGGUUUGGAUUACCCACCGCCAACGCCGGAUUUCCCCGCGAUUCACGGCGGAUGGCAGGUCGUCAAGGUGAGCCAGGAGCACGGUAUCCUUGGCUGGAAAGGGAACAAGGCAGAUGAGGAGCAUGCUACGACCGCCGUUACCCUCAUCUCCAUAUCCUCUCCCGUGUGUUCGCUCGUCCUGGGACUGAAUCUUUUCCGUUUCCUCGGCGAGACCACCCAACUGCCCCUCAUGGCACCCUCCAACGACAAGACGAACCAGCCUGCGGCGGCAGGACAGGGCGAGGUGAUUCUGUCUGAUGUAAUAGGUCGCGACAAAAGCAUCAACAUCUUCUCGGGAUUCACCCGUGACGUUGCCUGCAUCGAAACCCGUCUCGACGACUUCAAGGUCAACACUACGGUGCUGGCCCCGCUCAACUCCGCCAUCGAGAAGCUCCCGCGCAAGCCAUGGGAGGACCCCCGAGAUUACGGUGCCUUUGGCGCGGACGCGUAUGAAGGAGAGGAUGGGAUAGACCGGGCACAAAGAAACCUGAGGCGGUUCGUCGAGUCUCACAUCGUUCCGCGCAGCCCCUGGGCCGAGAACGAUAAGGUCCAAGCGAUCAAGCCGGACAAUAUUGAAGUUGUCAAUGUGGCAAGCUCUGUAUCCAAUGGAGAAGUGUGGAUUAUCAAGGGGGUGAUCAACUAUGCGUGA